UCGCUCUUCUUCCCAUCUUUAUUAUUACUACUAGUUUUAGUAGUAGAAAAAUCGCUAGGCUCCGCGGAGAGAAGAAAACGCCGAGAAUAAACAAAUGGCUAACAGAAAGAAAUAAAGAAGAGAAAAUAAAGGAAAAAACAAAACUUUGAAAUGAACUUUGCGGUUAUAUAGAAGCAGAGCAUCCGUGCUUCUCUCUUCAAUAUCCACUCCCUCGCCUUUUUCUUUCCAUUCGCCGUCAUGGCCUGGAAGGCACUAACGGCGUUUGCUGUGGUGCUGACGGUGUUUGCUCUGCUUCCGCCGUGUCUUCUAACUCCGGCCGCUGCCUCUGUUUCCUACGACCAUAAGGCCAUUAUCAUUGACGGGCAGCGACGGAUUCUCAUCUCCGGCUCUAUUCACUACCCGAGGAGUACACCGGAGAUGUGGCCGGGUCUUAUUCAGAAGGCAAAAGAUGGAGGCUUGGAUGUGAUUCAGACCUAUGUGUUCUGGAAUGGGCAUGAGCCUUCUCCUGGUCAGUAUUACUUUGGGGAAAGGUAUGACCUUGUUCGGUUUAUAAAGUUGGUGAAGCAGGCUGGCCUUUAUGUUCAUCUCCGCAUUGGUCCCUAUGUUUGUGCCGAAUGGAAUUUUGGUGGCUUUCCAGUUUGGUUAAAAUAUGUUCCUGGCAUCAGUUUCAGAACUGACAAUGGGCCUUUCAAGGCUGCUAUGCAAAAAUUCACUGAGAAGAUAGUCUCAAUGAUGAAAGCUGAAGGGCUCUUCGAAUCUCAGGGUGGCCCAAUCAUUCUCUCUCAGAUUGAGAAUGAGUUUGGGCCAUUAGAAUACAACGGCGGAACUCCGGCGAAAUCUUAUGCCAACUGGGCUGCUAGCAUGGCCGUUGGCUUGAAGACUGGCGUUCCAUGGGUCAUGUGCAAGCAAGACGAUGCUCCUGAUCCAGUUAUUAACACCUGCAAUGGUUUCUACUGUGACUACUUCCACCCAAACAAACCUUAUAAGCCCACCAUGUGGACUGAGGCUUGGACUGGAUGGUACACAGCUUUUGGUGGUCCAGUUUCUCACCGACCUGCUGAAGACAUGGCCUUUGCUGUUGCAAGGUUUAUUCAGAAAGGUGGAUCCUUUAUUAACUAUUAUAUGUAUCAUGGAGGAACAAACUUUGGUCGCACCGCUGGCGGUCCAUUCAUUGCAACUAGUUAUGACUAUGAUGCUCCAAUAGAUGAAUAUGGAAUACUAAGGGAACCAAAAUGGGGACAUCUCAGGGAUCUACAUAGAGCAAUUAAGUUGUGUGAACCAGCUUUGGUUUCCACCGAUCCAGUCGUGUCGUCUCUGGGGCAUUCUCAGCAGUCUCAUGUAUUCAGGUCAAAUUCCGGGACUUGUGCUGCUUUUCUGGCCAAUUAUGAUUCACAGUCUUCUGCAACGGUAACUUUCAAUGGCAUAGGCUAUAAUCUUCCUCCUUGGUCCAUCAGCAUCUUACCUGACUGUAAAACCGCAGUUUUCAAUACUGCAAAGAUAGGAGCUCAGACCUCACUGGUGGGCAUGCAACCAGUGGAAAACUUUUCAUGGAAAUCAUAUAGGGAAGAGACCAAUUCUCUAGAUGAAAGUUCCUUUACUAAAAAUGGAUUGUAUGAGCAACUUAGUCAAACAUGGGAUAAAUCAGACUAUCUUUGGUAUACAACUUUUAUCAGCAUAGGACAAGGUGAGCAGUUCUUGAGGACAGGAAAUUAUCCGGUCCUUGCCAUCUCUUCGGCCGGCCAUGCUUUGCACGUUUUUGUCAAUGGACAAUAUGCAGGGAAUGCUUAUGGUAGUCUCAGCAAUCCAAAAUUGUCAUAUAGUGGUAAAGUGAAUUUGAGGGCUGGAAGCAAUAAGAUCUCUAUAUUGAGUGUAGCUGUUGGACUCCCAAAUGUUGGAUCUCAUUUUGAGACUUGGAAUACUGGGAUUCUUGGUCCAGUGAUUUUAAGUGGCCUCAAUGAAGGAAACCGAGACCUUUCUCAUCAGCAAUGGACUUAUCAGGUUGGAGUGAAAGGUGAACACCUGAGUCUUCAUUCCUUAGAUGGAAGCUCCUCAGUUGAAUGGGGAGAUGUGUUUCCUAAGCAACCUUUGACAUGGUACAAGGCUUUCUUCAAUGCUCCAGGUGGUAAUGAGCCACUGGCAUUAGAUAUGAGUAGCAUGGGAAAAGGUCAGAUUUGGAUAAAUGGUGAAAGCAUCGGUCGUUACUGGCCUGCUUACAAAGCAUCCGGUUCGUGUGGUUCUUGUGAUUAUCGAGGCACAUAUAGUGAGAAAAAAUGCCCAAGUAAUUGUGGGGAGUCAUCUCAGAGAUGGUAUCAUUUACCUCGGUCAUGGCUGAAACCAACGGGGAAUUUGUUGGUCGUGUUCGAAGAAUGGGGCGGCGAUCCAAGUAAGAUUUCUCUCGUUAAAAGGACUGUCAAGAGCAUUUGUGCCGAAGUUACAGAACGGCAACCAACAUUUGAUAAUUGGCGAAAUAAGCAAAAUGGAAAGCCUAAAGCUUAUCUGUCUUGUCCUGCUGGGCACAAAAUGACCAGUAUAAAGUUUGCUAGCUUUGGAACUCCUCAAGGAGGAUGUGGAAGCUAUGAAGAAGGUAGCUGCCAUGCUCAGAAAUCACAUAAUGCAUUUACAAAGGAUGGCUUGUUACCGAACUGCUUGGGACAGCAAGCUUGCUCAGUAGUUGCUGAUUCUGAAGUUUUCGGUGGAGAUCCGUGCCCAGGAAUGGUGAAAAAGCUUUCUGUCGAGGCCGUCUGUGCAUAAAAGAUAGGUCGUUAUCAGUUUAAGCAUACAGAGGUGACAUUCACUUCUCAUUUAUAUAGCAUAAUUCAUCUAAGCACAUAAAUUUUUAAGAUAUAUUGGUUGCAAAAAGGAUGGAAACUUUGGAGGCUGCUGAUUUUUACAGUGAGUUAUUGAAGUUGCAGAAACUGCAAUUAACUGUAUUUAGAAAUCCACCAAAUUUGAAAAGAUGAAAUCAUUCUUGUAAACAAAGAUGCAAAAGGCAUAGAGGCCUUCAUAGCUUUGUAAUUUAAGGAUGUUAGUAAGUUUUCCAUGUUUGAAUUGUUUACCUUUUGAAUGGUCAAUUUUAUCAUUAGAUGAAGACAUUUAAUUAGUACUCUUACAAAA